AUGGCGAUCGCCAAAGCGCUUCCUAAACUUAAAGUCGAAGUAUUCGUCAAGGGCGCCCCGCUUGAAGAGCACGUCGACGACGAUGAUCAAACUUCGGACAGUGAGGUCACUAAAUUCAUCGAAGCCUCGUCUGGUGACAACUUCGAAGUCAAAUACUGCUUCUCUCCUGGGUUCAGCAUACGUCACGCCAUGUUAGUCGAGUUGGACAUUGACGGCGAGUAUGCCGACUCUGCUGUUUUCAACCCUGGCAGUUCUAUUCGCUGGAACAGCACGUAUGUCUUCAAGGGAUCGCGGGAAUUCGAUGAUGGCGGAUACUUCGUGAGGAAGUUCUGUUUUUCGCAGCUCGAAAUUGAUGAUGACGGUGAUACACGCAAAUUUGAGGACUCACUGAAGAAGAAGCUCCACAGCGUUGGUGUUAUAUCUCUACGCUUGUACUGGGUGACAGCUAGCGGAUCGUCAGCCCCCAAAGCUAAAGCGCAGAAGAACGAGACUCUCGGUGUUGUACCAGAGAAAGCCCUCAAGGGCAGCGCGCUAUCCCAUCAGGCUAGCUACGGCGCCCGAGAAGUCAGUCAGGCGUACAGCACGUGUAGAACCACGAAAAUCGACGAAAUGCCGUUCGCAGAGUUCACUUUCAAGUAUCGCUCGAGAGCUGCUCUCAAAUCCCUCCUCAUCAUCCCACGAACCCCUAGUCCGGUACCGCUCGAAGAACGCGACAUCAACACCCUUACCUUGGAAGAAUCCCGCGAGCUCCUUCGUCUCCAGCGUGAGCAGAGGGACGCCGCUCCAGUCAUCAAGCGAGAGGGUAUCAAGCGGGAACGAAGUAGCACCAUCAUCAACGAGGACAACGACGAUGACGACGUAACUUUCUUGUCCGCCAAGCGCAGACGGAUCCCCGUUACUCUCGAUGAGAAUGGUGCCGAGAUUAUCGAUCUGACAUAG